AUGACUCGUUCUUCUGUUUUAGCUGAUGCUUUAAAUGCCAUUAACAACGCUGAAAAAGCCGGUAAACGUCAGGUUAUGAUUAGGCCAUCCUCUAAAGUCAUCAUUAAGUUCUUACAAGUCAUGCAAAAACAUGGUUACAUUGGUGAAUUUGAAUAUAUUGACGACCACAGAGCCGGUAAGAUUGUCAUUCAAUUAACCGGUAGACUGAACAAGUGUGGUGUUAUUUCCCCAAGAUUUAAUGUUAAAAUCGGUGACAUUGAAAAAUGGACUGACAAUCUUUUGCCAGCUAGACAAUUUGGUUAUGUUAUUUUAACUACUUCCUCUGGUAUCAUGGAUCAUGAAGAAGCCAGAAGAAAGCAUGUCUCUGGUAAGAUUUUAGGUUUCGUCUAUUGA